UACUGUCCUUCACUGCAAGAAAUACCGGCUUUUGUUGUAGAUAUUCACUACGAGCAGAUGUGAGACACUGAUGACGAGCUAACUGCGGAGAGUGUGAACAACUAAAACUCAAACAUGCUGCCAGGGUCUAUAGCCUCUGCCUGCCACUAUUUAAAGUGGACUUUACCUCACUGGAAACCUGCCAUUUCUAAUAGUUAUUGUCCAUCAAAGCCAGGGCAAUGGCUAUUGAGAGAGGCAGGUCUGAGAAGGACUCAUAGAUGGACUACAGCACCUUCGUCAAGGCUAAACCAGAAGCCAGUAUUUGCCAGAGCUCCAGCGUAUGGAGAAAAGCUUGCAAUCAUAGACAGCAGUGGUAGCCACAGCUACAAGCAGCUGUACUGCAGCAGUUUAGGUCUGGCAAAUAGAAUCACUACAGCCCUGAGCUCAAACUUUGGAGGUCUGGCAGGAAAACGCAUCUCCUUCCUGUGUGCUAAUGAUGCCUCCUAUACAGUGGCACAGUGGGCCACUUGGAUGAGUGGUGGGACAGCGGUGCCACUCUACCGAAAACACCCACCAGCGGAACUGGAGUACAUAAUUUCAGAUUCCCAGACUUCACUGCUGGUGGCAGCGGAUCCAUACGCUGAAACCCUUGAACCACUGGCACAGAAGCUGGGCCUGCCGUGUCUGAAGCUGCCCCCUGCUUCUAACCUGGGUGCUUUAUAUGAGGAAGAUGCACAAGAGAAGGAGGCAGCCAUCACAGAUUGGACUGAUCGACCAGCUAUGAUCGUCUACACCAGUGGAACGACAGGGCGACCCAAAGGAGUUCUGCAUACACACAGCAGCGUCCAAGCCAUGGUCCAGAGUCUGGUUUCAGAAUGGGCGUGGUCCAGAGAUGAUGUCAUCCUUCACACCUUGCCGCUCCACCACGUGCAUGGUAUCGUUAACAAGCUGCUGUGCCCGCAUUGGGUGGGCGCCACCUGCGUCAUGCUUUCUGAAUUCCAGCCUCAGAAGGUGUGGGAGAUGCUGUUGAGCUCCAAGGCUCCCAUGGUUAAUGUGUUCAUGGCCGUGCCAACUAUUUACUCUAAGCUGAUCCAGUACUAUGAUCAGCACUUCACACAGCCUCAUGUGAAGGACUUUGUCAAAGCUGUCUGCAAAGAGAGAAUAAGGCUGAUGGUUUCAGGCUCGGCUGCUCUCCCUCUUCCCACUCUGCAACGCUGGGAGGAGAUUACCGGACACACACUCCUCGAGCGCUACGGUAUGACUGAGAUCGGCAUGGCACUGUCCAACCCUCUCAAGGGCCCACGCACCCCAGGAGCUGUCGGGUUGCCACUUCCUGGUGUGGAAGUUAGGAUUGUUAUGAAUAACACAACUAAUACAACCAUUGUGGAAGGCAAUCACAAAGAGACUCAGGUGCGACCAGGUCUGCAGGGGAAAGAAGGGGAGCUUCUGGUUCGAGGUCCAUCUGUCUUUAAAGAGUACUGGAACAAACCUCAGGAGACCAGAGAGUCUUUCACUGAUGAUGGCUGGUUCAAAACUGGAGACACAGCAGUGUAUAAAGAUGGCGUAUAUUGGAUCAUGGGUCGCACCAGUGUUGACAUCAUCAAGAGUGGUGGCUACAAGAUCAGCGCACUCGAAGUUGAGCGUCACCUUCUGGCUCAUCCAGACAUCAUGGAUGUCUCUGUGAUCGGGGCCCCAGAUGCCACAUGGGGUCAAAAAGUCACUGCUGUGGUGCAGCUGAAGAAGGGGAAGAGUUUGACUUUGCCAGAAUUGAAAACCUGGGCGAGGGAGCACAUGGCGCCCUAUACCAUACCUGCAAGCCUGGUGCUGGUGGAGGCGAUGCCAAGGAAUCAGAUGGGCAAGGUCAACAAGAAGGACCUCCUGCGACACUUCUUUCCAUGACUGGAAAACUUUCACACCAGCAUCCAGGUGCCUGGAUAGAGAACUGCAGGUGUGCAUCACUUCCUGACUGUUUCUGUCAAUACAGACAGUUAUAUAGAGAGAAGGCAAAAAAGUGGAUAAAGACCUCAUGGAACAUGAAAUAACCUGUGAAGAGACUUAAUCACAACUGUAACUGUAAUUUAUAUAUGUAAAUGUAAUACACUGAACACCAGUUAUUCCAAGCAUUGUUUUAUUGGUGAACGUAUAAUGCUACAAUCACACUAGGGAAACAGUGGGAGCCCACAGUACAACCAAAUUUAUUGUGCACAAUGAACUUGUGAUCUCAUGGCCCUUAAAAUGUUUGCUUUGAAGAUGGGAGACAGGUCUCCAACUACUUGCAGUCAACAGCAUUUUCAAAACAACUUCAGUGCAUCAAGACGGUGAUAAAAUGGCAAUAAGAUGGACACAGUCUGCUAUCUGUUUGCGAUUGAACGGUGUGCAGUUGGCAGUUACUCAGAUUGAUUGCAAUCUGUUGGUGGCCUGUCUGUAUUCAUAAACUAGACAGUGACUAUUUGCAGACCUUUGCCAGUCUGAGAGUGAUUUCAGUCAGUCCAAGGUGAGAACGCAAUUUCUUGGAGACAGGUUGCCUGAAAUUGCGUUAUUACAAGUUAUUGCAAGUUAUUGCAAGUUAAUUUUCCAAGAAAAUGCCAAAAAUUAGCCAUACUAGCUUUUUUAAAAAGCAAGUAUACUAUAAAUAGUAUGUCUGUGUAGGUUUGCCUUUAUCCAGGUCAUGGUAAUCCUAAGUGUUUACAUCGAAGAGAUUUCAUUAGAACUUGAGGGAGCCUCUUGUCCUCAGGAACCAAAAAAAAGAUCAUUUGUCUUCUACUUAAGCACUUAUACUAGAAACAAAUUGCACUACUAAAAACACUUGAAUUGUAAGUGUGCUGUCAAAUGGUACUAUCUUCCCACAAGGAAAGGUGUUUGGAGGAGCUUUUUACAGCUGAAAAAAUGUGAAUCAAUUGCAAAUGUUUAUGUGACAGCAACAACGAAAUAAAUAAAUAAAAUACAAUUUAAAAUACUUUCAAGUGUUUUGCACCCAGCAAAACUGAGGAGUCUGCUCUUCAAUCUGCAUUAAUGAGAGGGGAACAGCUAGUUUUGGUUUGCGUGCAUCAUGACCAGGAUUUUCAACUGUUCCACUAAAAUGCUCAUACCCAGCAGUGCCUGUUGGCAAAUGUACUCACAUUGGAAUACUCUGAUGUUUGAUUGGUGGAAAUGGUGUGAUCAGAGAAUGACAAUGACAGCUUUAUGGUAGAGUGGUGUAACCAGAAUUAAAGAUCAUGGUUAAUUAAACCUGCACCAAACAAAAUGAAAGCCAGUGCGGUGGUAGAUUAGGAGAAAGAUGAUGAACACUGUUGGGCUGAUUUAGUUUUAUAAACACACUGAUGCACUCAGAAUA